CAGUACUUAUAAGGAUGUUUGUUUUAAAUUGUGAAAGCGAAAGUUGAGGGAGGAUUUUUGUCCCAUGUGCUUCUUGAAUCAAAAGAACCUUCAUCAGUUACGCGAUUGUUUAACUGAGAAGAAGACGUGUUAAAAUUUAGUCCUCUAAACAUUCACAAGAAACAAUUUCUAAUAAUGAAAAUAAUUUUUUUUGCAAUUAUAUACGGUUGCUUUUUUGGCAUCAGUACAUCAGAGGAUUCAAAUGAAAUUUUAAAUGAUACCAGGCCGUAUGAAUUUGCCUUUAAUGUUAUUGAUUUCCAACACAGAUUUGAGAAAAAAGAUGAAGAUGGAAUUGUAACAGGAGAAUAUGGAUUUAUAACUGCUGAUGGGAUUUAUCAUGAAACUGGUUAUGCAACUGAUAAAGAGGGAGAUUUUAUUAUUACAAAGAUGAAAAAUCGAAAGCUAACUUCAAAAAAAGAUAUUGACGAGUUCUUCAAGGAAAAACCAGAAGUGGCGAAGAAAGUAAUGUCAGCAAUAGAACGAUCAUGUAGUGAUUGCAAUAAUUUGACAAAUAAACCUAAAAUUGAAACUGAAUCAACUCAUUUAAACAAGACAAUUGAAAAAGAUAAAAUUAAUUCUGCUCUAAAUGGAACUAAAAAUAAUUUUAAAAAUUUAGAAAAAUCUCCUACUUUGCCAAAUUUUAACGAAAUACAAAACGUACGUAAGGGAAAAUCGUUCAACAAAGUUGAUUCCUCCGAUAGUAAUGUUAUCAGUGAAAAAAAGUAUGAAAUAAAAGAUUCAAAAAUUUUAAAUGAGAAUUUAACUAUUUCUAAUACGUCCGAAAAAGCUGAACAAAACUUACAUUAUCAUUUUAAUUAUUCAAUUCCAUCACAUGGUCAUAAUGAGGAUGGCUAUCAAAACGGUGAAAAAGAUGGUAGUUAUUAUUCAAAAAGUGAAACAGGAGUCGAUGUUAAAGUUGAAUACUUAUCAAAUGAAUUUGGUCAUCAGCCUAAUAUAAGUUUUGUACCUGGACCAGCAUUGGACCCAGAGAAAGAAUCUCUAAAAGGAUAUUCUUUUCUUUGGUAUAGAAAAUAGAUAAUUUAGUGUAACAAUUUAUUAUUAACAUGUUACGUAAAAAUAUUCACAAAAAAAAAGAAAGUCGCUAGAAAGUUAUUUUAUAGAAAAGAUUUGACUGUUAGUCAACAUUUAUUGUUUUUCGCUAAUUUAAGGAGAAACUUCAAAAUAUAAAGGAGUUUUAAUUUUAAGUGUUGUAAAUAUGAUUCCAAUUACAGAUAAUCAAAUCUAAUAUUUUUUCUUCGACAAAUAAUUAUAGAAAUAGAAAUGAUUGAUUUAGAAAAAUAGUUUGUCAACAUUUUCACUUUCAAUGUUCAUUGCAUCUAAAAUAAUUUCAAUCGUUCAAUUAAUGUCGUGUUCUAAAUACGUUAAAGUAGUAUUCGUUUACUACCAAUUUUUUGUAAAAUGUUUUUUUACUAUAAUAAAAAUAAAAACGUAGACUUGUUGCCGUUUGCUAUGAUAAAAUUACCUUCAUCAUACAAUUUCAAUUUUUUAUUAAGAAUGAAAAACUUCAUGUAAAGGAACAAAAAAUUAAUGAUCCAAAAACUGAUGGGUUUUGACACAAAAACCAAUCUUGAUAUUACGACUCCCGGAAUCACUCACACCAGCGGAUAUUACAGAAUAUUUUAUAGACGUUCUAGAAGUAUCCGGCAAUAAGGUCUCCUAAUUUCCCUGUAGCAAAUGAUAACCCUAGAACGUCCGUUAGAUAAUCUGAAUAUCCGGAUGUUGUGAGGGAUUCACCAACACAGAUGAUUUCAAAUAGAACAUCAGCAAAUUCUCUAUUCUGGCUUAUUUCUUUUUUGUUCUUGUGAGAGUCUUCUUGGCUUUCUCAUGAGCAGACCUAAAGACUCCGAAUGCUCUAAUAGCUGUGACGUGAUCGUUCCUCACAUUAUAAGAAGUAGCUACGGCUCUUCAUACAAUCUGAGAACUUAUGAUCGGGUUGGACCAUCACUUUCCUGUAUCCUGGCUUUCCGAGUUUCUUAUCUUCCGGGAAUUCUAGUUUCUGGGUAAGGCAAUUCAAGUCGCGGAUCCCAAGUGCGAUCCUUCAAUCCAUUUACUGCACUUAAGC